UUACGUCGUUUUUUCAGUUUUCACAGUCUGAAUUGAAUCAUACGGCUGACCACAACUUUGUCCUAGAUCAUCGGAAUUGGUUCGACCUUUUCACUGCAAUGAGUACUUCUGAAUCUGGGUUUUUCUUUUUUGGUCAAUCGACUGGUCACUUAAUCAUUACCCCCUAUGAAGCGAGGGAUUGCUUAUAUUAUUCUGCAAGUCGUCUUCGUUUUCAAUAUCUGUCUGUAUGCUUCAUUUGGUGGAAAUUUUCGAAUGCUUUAGGGCCUAGAGAUGGACAUUAUGGAUGCAAUAGCUUGGGGCCGUGAACAUACGGUAGCUGUGGCGUCUGAUGGGUCACUUUUUACCUGGGGCAAAAAACCACCCAGUAAAAGCUCAACCAGAAGAUCAGCCAGGAAUUAUUAUUCUUGCCAAGGUCUUGAACAGGGCACAAGCAAGGAAAGUUGCACGCUUCCUUCCAAACCCUGAAAGACAUUGGGGCUCCAAGCUGAGAGCUGGUCGUCAAAUCACUAGUGUUUACAUCUCUCUAUUGGAUGCAGAGGCAAUAAUUGGAGCUCUUAGCCAUACGGAUUACGAAGAGCCUAAAGCACAACGUCCCAAGGUAGAGGAUGAAUCAGCUCCCAACCAGAGGUUUAGAUUCCUGUCGAGAGAGAGAGAGAUCAAGAUUUACAGGGAAUGCACAAGAAGUCUUUCCCUCUCCAUCCCUAUGAUCAGCAGAUGUUUCUGAACGCAAGCUGGUGGUGGUUGUUCUUAUUUCCUCUCCAACGGAGGGUUUUUUAUUUUUAUUUUUAAUUUUUGAGCUGUCUUCGUACAAAGUCAAGUUCAAUAGGAAUACUAAGGUGUUGUAUGGAUUUAAUACCUCUUAGUUUUUAGAGCUUAGGAUUGGCAAAUUCAGAUUGGUGCAACUUAUAUCUGGUUAUACAAAGGAACGAGUUAUACGAACUGUGAGCUAAGUCCCAA